GGGGCCGGGGCUGCGGGGAUGACGCUCUUCGGCAGCGGGGACACGGGCUGGAGAUACUUGGACAUGGCCCGGGAACCCAAGCCCAGCCGGGCCAGGCUGGGCCAGAAGAGGCAGCACAGCAGCCUGUACCACAGCUCCUGCCAGCUGGACUAUGAUCUCUACAGGGACGACUUCCCCUACCGGGUGUACGAGUACCAGAAGAUCCCCCCCCUCAUCAACCGCAUCCCCGUCAAGGCCAGAAGGACUCACGGGGGAGGAGGAGGAGGAGCAGGAGGAGGAGGAGCAGGAGGAGGAGGCAAAACCAGCCUCAUCCCUCCCCAGUCCGGGACCAGGAGCAGCAGCAGCAGCUCCGCGGCAGGACGGACGAAGCUGAGGGCCGAGGAGCUGCACUCCAUCAAGGGAGAGCUGAGCCAGAUCAAGGCUCAGGUGGACAGUCUGCUGGAGAGCCUGGACCGCAUGGACCAGCGGAGGGAGCGGCUCACGGGGUCCAAGGAGAGCGAGAAGAAGAGGGCAGAGCAGGGGCCAGAGUCACCAUCCCCAGAGGGGUCACGGGAGCCCCGGGGGAAGGAGGGGGCGGGAGGCGACGGGCACAGUGACAGCGCCGAGGAGAGCACGGACACGGAGGAGAUGGUGAAAAACCACAUGUCGGACCCCGAGGGGAGCCAGUAGCUGGACUGGGAUGCUGUGGCCUCCCCUCCCCUUCCCAUCUUGUGUUCCUGUUUCUCUGGAGGCUCCCAGCCCGGGCCAGGCACAGGGAGAGGUGCCCACUCUGGGCAGGACCAUCCCCUGGCCCACCCCAGCGAGAGAAUCUUGGUGUUCCCAGUGCUCUUGUUUUCUUCUUCCCUCCUGUUUUCAGACCUAGGGAUAAGCAGACGUGGCCAGGGAGGAGCAAAAAGAACCUUAACGUAUCCUGAAGGAGCAUCCCAAAUCCUGCCUGCCUUGGGUGCAAGGAUCCCCCCCCAUGGAGAAAGCACCCCAGAGCUCCCAGCCCCUGUGGCACAGGUUGCACCCCAACUUCUCCCACAGUGUGAGCCCACCCGCUGCCUCCCUGCUCCAGAUCCCCCUGGGAACUGGUUCAGCUGGUGUGGGUAGAGCCCAGGAAGGCUUUUUGGAGCUGCUCAUAUCCCACCACGAUGCCAUGGGAAAAAAAAAAGAGACCACCCCGAGGCAGCUCUGAGGAGCUUCCAUGGGAUUUUGGGAUGGAGGGGUGGUGCUGAGCCCAGCUCCAACCCUGGCUGCAGGGCCACGCAAACCCAGCUGCUCCCAGUUGCCCCUGCUCACAGAGGGGUUUUCCUUACUGGUUUGCCACAGGCUGUUCCAGGCUCUGUGGGCAGCAG